AAAUAGGUUUCUUUCAGUCAUUCAUCCUCAGUAAAGAAAACCCAUUUUACACAAGUCAUAAUUGCCUUGUUAUAUACAUUACUAUUAUUUAAAAGCAGUAUCUAUACCUGAUCCAAGAAAGGAUAUUUCAUUUUAAACAAACCACUCCAAAAGAAUAAAUGUAGAUAAUUGGUUCAGUUUGUUUGUUGUAAAUACAGCCUAAUAGAACCAUCUGAUGAACGUACAAAGGAAACUAUACUUUUUAAGUCACAACUGGUUAUGCCUUUUGUAACUAGUUGUUGCCAAGAAUGAGUGAUGACCAUGAGGGGAGAGACGGGUGCCUGGAGAGAACUAGUUUCCCCUUAUUUCACCCAAAGAAAAGUAAAAUACUCUCCAGAACUGUUACAGGAAGUGAUAGAGCUAGGAAACUUGACAGGUAUGGAGGGACAAACAUUGAGGAGUUGGAAGAUGAAGGGUACAGGGGGAGAGAGAAGGACUUGCAAGCUGAACAGUUGACAGGCAGUAGUGCUGGCAGCAGUAAUAUUGGCAUGAGGCUUCCAGUACCAGAAGUAGCCAGUGCUGAUCUCCUCAUGAGUCAGGGAUCAUCUGUUUCUUCAGGAAGUGGCCUUGGCCAAUAUGUACUGAACCCAUUUCUAGCCAUGGGCAUUCAGUUGCCACAGCUGGCCCUUCUGCUGCAGCAGCAACAUCUUCAACGGCAGCAGCAACACCACCACCACCAUGAACAGAAGCAUCAACAACAACUUGGACAACAUACAUUGCACCAGCCAGCCACCACACCUGCCAUUGGUCAUUCACUGGCAUCAGACCAUAUACGUGAUAUUGCUCCUCCAUUAGAUCACAGCAAGACCUGGUCACAUAACAUUCCAGCUUUUCCUCAACUUGGGAACAGUACCUCAACCAGAACUGCUGCAAAUCCAGUAUCUUUGGCUGGUGCCACCUCAAAUGUAGUAACAUCACAGAUCCGGCCAAUGGUGCAAGUGCCCAGAGAAAACCAACCAGUGCAAGCAAACAAAGACGAUUCAGUUUCUGGUAACAAUAGCAGUGCUAACAAACACCCAUUUGUAUGUGAAAUAUGCCGGCAGUGGUUUUUUGCAAAGGAAAAGUUCAUUAUGCAUUUAGUUAUGAAUCAUAACAUGCAUUAUUGUCGCUUUUGCUCAGAAUUGUUUGAUGUAGUUGAGAUGCGGGAUGUGCAUAUUGUGAGGACACACUUACCCUUACAAUGUGAUAUGUGCGAAUCUCAGCUUCCAAGUUCUGAAUCUUUGUCAGAACACUAUCUGAGUUCUCAUGAUGUACAAAGUUGUCUGUAUUGUGGAGUUCUGGUGCGCCCAAAAUCCUAUUACAGCACACAUGCCAGAAAGAAACACUUUAUAUCAAAUGAAGACAUGUUGGAAAGUGAAGCAAGAAUACGAAUUUUUCAAAAUUGGGGAACAGAAAUAGGCAGUGGUGGUUCUGUUUGGAACUUUACUUGUAACCUCUGCGGCAAAGAACGUAAGAGAAGUGAGACAUUUGGACAUUUCUUUUCAUAUCAUCGUGUGUCGCUACCAUGUUUAAUGCAACUUUUGACAGGAGAAGGAGUUUCUAUUUCUGUGCAAGGUACGCCACCUACUUCCACUAGUUUUCAGCAUUCUGCAGAUGAAACUCCAUUGUCUGUAGUGCCAGAGUCUUCUGUUAUCUCAGGGAAUUCAUUAACUAUUGAUGAAAACCGAAGUAGUCAACUGUGCUGUAUUGUGUGUGGAAAUUCAUUUACACAGCUUGUGCCAAAGUCUGCUCAUGAACUUUUCUGCCGUGGACUGAGUGUGUGUCGUGUCUGUGAACAGGCGUUUCCAAAUGUGAUAGUGCGAAAUGCUCAUAUGCUUGGAGAGCAUGGAAAGUUACCAUGCCGCAUCGGGUGCUCUCCAGAUUCAGCCAGUUUCUCUCAGGAUGUGGAAUUGUCAACACAUUAUUGGCACGAACACAAUAUUUUUGUCUGCACAUACUGCAAAGCUCUGGUGGCUGCUGAUAAAAAGCUUUUUGCGGAGCAUCUGAAAAGGGAACAUAAUUGCUUACCUGAUUGCCCUGCUUUGCAGGGAAAUGGUGUUGGGAAUGGGAUCUUCCAGUGCAGGUCUUCUAAAAUGAGUUUAUUUGUGUAUUGCACUCUUUGUGAUUUGGAUUUAACAACUAUCAUGAAAGAUAUUAAUCUCCUUUUUAAACACUUUCAGUAUCAUAAGAUUAGUGUUUCUGCUGCACUGGAGCUUCUUGAGAACCAUUCAACAUUCAGCAGUAAUUCAUUUCAACAUACAGAUGACAAAGGAGAACAACUUAGUGAAAAGGAUACUUCAGUAAUUGACGAUGAAUUUCAGACUAAUUCCAACAAAUUGCCUGCCAUAGACGAGAGAGAAACAUUAGAGGCUUCAUCAAGAGAUGACAAAGAAAAAACCAAAUCUACACCAGACUUGUCUUCAUCUGUAACUGAUACUUCACAAAUCAGAGGAACUGAUGAUGUGUUCAAUGAUGACAUAUCAAAUGUAAGAGAAAGUAAUUCAACAUCAAUGGAUUCAUUUCCUAGAGUGUGUAUCAAAGAGAAACGGGAGUCUUGCAGGAGUAGUAAACAACUUAAAGCUAAGUUAAACGUGGUAGAAGAAAGAGAUGAUGAAAGAAGUGGUUCAACCAGAGUAAAUGAUGACGUAAUUGAUGACUCGUCUAGUGAUCUGCAGUCAUCAGAUGAAGAGUUUGGAAUAUCUGAGGCAGAUGCAAUUGAUAAUGAAUACACAGAAGAGGAUGAAAGCACAGCAACAGAGGAGCUCAAACCGGGAGGUGGCAGUAGUGGUGUAGGCAGUGAUAUUGCCGAAGCAGAAUUUGAUCCACAUGAUGUUGAAUGUGUGUUUACAGACACAAGUGAUGAUGAAUGUGAUGAUGCAGAGUGUUCACUAAACAUCUCCGUGAAAAGAGAACAACUUGAUGCACAAGAGAGAGAAACAGAACCGGAAAAUACUCUGGCCACAGCAGCUGGGACUGAUGAAAGCAGUGAUGUGCAGGUGAAAGUAGAAAAGGCAGAUCAAGGAGACCAGGAAAACAAAACCCAUUCACCACCAGCAGAAAUAAUGUGUGAAAUCUGUCAAGGACAGUUCGUCACAGAAGAUGGUGCACCCGAACUUGCACGCCACAUGAAUGUUUCGCAUGGAUUUGCAGUGUCUACCUAUGGUGUUCGUCAGUUCACAUGUGAUGUGAAUCAGUGUGGUGAAUCAUUUGGCUCCCAGACUGCUUUAGACCACCAUAUGACAAGAUUGCAUGAAGGACCACCUGCUAGUUCCAGUUCAGAAAGUACAGCCGAAUACGGAUGUCCAUUUUGUGCUAUUCGAUCAUGUGUGAAAGCUGCUCUGCGCCAGCAUAUUUUCUCUGCCCACUCUAAAGAAAGCGCACGUGAAUCACCACCCCAAGAGCUCAGAUAUCAGUGUCGACAUUGCAACAUUGGAUUCUGGAGUGUAGAAGAGAGAAAUGACCAUCACGUUCUGAAGCAUGAAGACCAAAUUGAGAACUUCUACAAGUGCUGUAUCUGUCAGCGGGUGUAUGCCAGUAAGUUGUGUCUCAAUCGCCACAUGCGCCUGGAUCAUGCAAGUGAGCAUCUGUAUUCAUCUCUGGCAUACAAAUGCCGUCUCUGCCUGACUCUCAUCCCAUCAACAUUAAUGUUGCGCCAACAUUUCCGAGAAUGUCAUCCAUCAUCUCUGGUAUUCCACUGCCAUCGAUGCAACACCACACUCAAGACUAAGAAAACACUGAAAUGCCACAUAAAGAAUGUACAUUCAGAGGAGAGGAGAAGAGAUUGUGGCUUGUGUGGAAAAGUACUGUGGAGCAAACGAGCUUACGCUAUUCACUUCCGUAUGAAGCACAGUGCUCAGUCUAAAGUUGGAUUCCGGUGUCGUAUUUGUCAACAACGCUUUGAUUCUAAAGAUGAAAGGAAACUGCAUUACCAAGUAGAUCAUUCAGGAGAAAGUCCAUACCAUUGUGCUGAAUGUGGCAAGGGGUUUGCCUCAAAAUCUGGAAUGUAUGGCCAUCGGCAGCUGCAUACUGGUUCUGGUAUCUCAAAGUGCGAGUAUUGUGGCAAGGAGUUCACCCGAAAGGACAGCUAUAAUGAACACCUUCUCAUCCACAAUGGUCCAAGACAUAAAUGCCCUCACUGCCCAAAAGAAUUUGUACAAAGAUCAAACUUAGUCAGACAUAUAAGGAUACAUACUGGAGAAAAACCUUACAAGUGCCUCUACUGUGAGAAAUGUUUCUCUGACAAGGGAGCUUGCAACUCCCACAUUAGAGUACAUACUCGUGAAGAAACAUGUAGUUGUCCAUACUGUGGGCAGACCUUCUCAAAGAAACAGAAACUGAAGUACCAUAUCCGGAAACACACUGGGGAAGGUUUAAUGACUUGCGAGAUAUGCAAUAAAACAUUCACAAAUAGUUUUGCACUAAAAGAGCAUCGUGUCAUCCACAAUCGGCAGACCCAAAUCCUAUGCCAGCAGUGUGGAAAGGGAUUCAACAGUGAAAAAUACCUCCAACGACAUGUGGCCAUAGUGCAUGAGCCGACAAAACUUUUUGCUUGUCCUUUGUGCCCUAAGGUGUUUUCACAGCACGGUCGUCUUAAGGCACAUCUGAUGACACAUACUGGUGUGAAGCACAUGAAGUGUCUGUUAUGUGAGAAAGCUUACUCUGUUCGGAAGUCAUUACGCAGACAUUUAUUGGAAAAGCAUCAAGUUUCACCAGAACACCCACAGUAUAAAAACUGCUUCUAUGCAAUGUCGGCUGCAGAAGCGGGCUUACUUAUUCCAGAGGGAGCAGGUCCAUUUGUGCCCCCCGAUGAUGAUUCCACCAGUCAGUCAAAGGAUGAUGAAGAUUAUCAUCCAAAGAAACCACCACCUCGUAAAUUCCCCCGAAAAACACCUGGCAGGAAAGGACCAGGAAGAAGAGGUGUAUCAAAGGGCUCUGCAGCAUUUGAAGUGUAUAACUCGCAGGAGGGUGGUUCACCGUCAGGUGAAGUAGGUGAAGUGAAGAGGACCCGUAGAAAAUAUAACACAAAAAAGAGGCAGAGAGAAGCAGCAGAGGCAGCUGCCUUGGCGGCUGCUGCUGCUGCUGCAGAGGGAGGUGUCACUGCUACAACAACAUCUGACUGUGCCAUUCCUGCCCUGUUGGAUACAGAACCUGUAAGUCCAUCAUCAACAGAUGGACCAGCUAGGAGAACACGCCAGAAGUCAUCUCCGAAAGUAGCACCGCCGUUGAUUUUUCAUAUGGACUCCAGCAGCAGUGCAGAUGAAGCUCCUAAUUCUCCUCCUCCACUUAAAAGAAAGGUGGGUAGGCCUCCCAAACGUCAACAGCCAUCUACAGCACAGAUGAAGAAACUCCAAUUGGCAGGCAAAAAGAAACGCAGGGUGGAAGCAAUUGUGGAGAUUCUUCAGAAGACUAGCAGUUCUCCAAGUAGUGCAAGUCCUAGGGAAGAGGAGGAAGACCGAAGCUUAAAAGGCUCAGAAAUUAAAUCUGAGUCCACAGGUAGAACUUAUCCAGACGCUGACAGUGACGAUGCGCCAGUCUUGGCCAAAAUUUUGCCUCUUAAUUGUCCUCAGAAGCAAAGAAAAAGCUCAUUCGAAUCUCAGCCUAGUGUUUUCAGGGAGGAGGACAAGAUGUGUUAGUUUAGAAUCUUUAAAUAAUACAAUGCCAA